AUGUCGUGGGUAAGGACGCCGCUUUACACAGCACCCCAGAUAACGGGCCCUGCAUCAUCCAUGGCGGCGGCCCAGCUAAAAGGAUAUACAUGUGUUCUACAACCCAGGACAAGCUACAAUUUACAGGCGUGUUCUGCGACAUGCGGCAAAGACGCUUGGCUCAGUGAUAUUGGCAAGGUGGUCAAUGGGGCGUUCUACGCCAUCAACGGGUUAGUGGAGACAAGGUCCGCCUUUGAUACUCUUGACGGUCAACUAGGCAGUUGUGCCACUGUUUUAGAUUGUGUGGCUCCCUCGCUCCAGCCUUUUUGUCAAGGGGCCUCUGACGCCGCGCAUAAUUUGUUGCAAAUCACCUGA